AUGCCGGCCCUCGCAACGUCCAAGUUCCCCUUCCGGGACAUCAACCUCAGGGUUACCAACGAUGCCUAUACAUUCACCUCGCCGUCGUCUCCCGAUGCCCCAGCACUGGUAAUUGAUCGUCCUACCGGUGAUAUCCGCCUGAGCGACUCCAAUCCACAAACUACCAAGCGGGCAACUCGGGUGUCAAGCAUCGCUGGCAUACUGGGCAUUAUCCAGCUGAGACUCGACAAAUAUGUCAUAGUUAUCAACAAGGCCCAACCCGUGGGCCGCCUCAAGGGCCACAUGGUGUACAAGGUUAUUGCCGCCGAGAUCCUUCCCAUGCGUGAACGCCAGAUCCACGAUCCCGACGAGGAUACCUUCAUUGGCCUCCUCAACCGCUUCCUCCAACGAGGGCCAAUGUACUUUUCGUACUCAAUCGACUUGACAAAUUCUUUCCAGCGCCAGUCGCAAGCCGAUACCUCCAAUCCCCUGUGGAUGCGAACUGACGAUCGCUUCUUCUUCAACAAGCAUCUCCAGUCAGACUUGAUAGAAUUUCGUACCCGAGGCUCCAGAAGCCAACCAGGAAAACAGGCAGCUGUUGACCCAUACAUCCUCCCCUGCAUCUUUGGCAUGCUAGAAAUCAAGCCCACCAAAUUUAAGAACACUCCCCUUACAAUCAUCAUUAUUUCUCGUCGGUCAAGAUAUCGUGGCGGAACCAGAUAUUUCACCAGAGGCCUAGACGAAGAUGGCCAUGCUGCCAACUACAACGAGACAGAGCAAGUCGUUAUCCUCAACGACAGUAGUUCGGGCCUAGGAGGCUACGCCGGCAGCAGCGAUAUGCAGAGCGGCAAGCUUGGUAGCGGUCCUGGCCAGGAGAUGCAAAUCAUGUCCUAUGUUCAGACUCGUGGCAGUGUUCCUACGUACUGGUCCGAGAUCAAUACUCUCAAGUACACACCAAAGAUCCAAGUUCGCAGCACAGACGCUGCACUCGCCGCUUCGCAGAAGCACUUUGACGAGCAGAUUCGCAUCUAUGGUGACAAUUACCUCAUCAAUCUGGUCAACUCCAAGGGCAGAGAAUGCAAAGUCAAGGAGUCAUAUGAGCAAAUGUACCGCUCGCUUGCCUCGGCGCCCAAGGAGCAUCGUGAAGCCGACACGCUCACCGAUGAGAAGUUCCACACCAUCCAACCCGGAUCAAGAAACCAGGAGUUUGACCGCCUGCACUAUGUCUAUUUUGACUAUCACACCGAGACAAAGGGUAUGAAGAUGCACAAGGCAUACGCCAUUACAGAAAGGCUGCGCGAGGAGCUGAUAGCCCAGGGCUACUUCCGGGGCGUCGACAUGCCCGCCAACGUAGAUGGCAAGAUUGACGCCCGCAGCCUCCAGACCAGUGUCAUGCGCACCAACUGCAUGGAUUGCUUGGACCGGACCAACGUUGUGCAGAGUAUCUUUGGCCGUUACACCCUGAACCGCAUCUUCGAGGAUCUCGGUCUAAUGUCCCGCGGCGCCCAGUUCCGCGACGAAGACCCAGCUUUUGAGUUCCUCUUCCGCAACAUCUGGGCUGACAAUGCCGACAUUGUUUCCACAGCGUAUUCCGGCACCGGCGCCAUGAAAACAGACGUCACUCGCACAGGAAAGCGAACUAAACUCGGCGCCCUCCAGGACGGCCGCAUCGGCCUCACCAGAUACUUCCUCAACAACUUCCGCGAUGGACCUCGUCAAGACUCGUUCGAUCUUUUCCUCGGCGCUUACGACCCCAGCGCCACCAACGUCGGCACCAACCUCAUCUUUGUCGACAGGCGGCCUACCCUCAUCCAGUCGAUCCCCUACGUUCUGGCCUUUAGCAUCUUCAUUGUCCUAGUCGGCAUAUUCACAAAACCAGCCCCGGACGCCAAAGUUCUCCCCAUGCGGCUCUUCAUUUUAUUCUGGAGUGCUGUCGCAGCGUGGUGCUUCCACUUUGUCUGGACCCAUGGCAUGCUCUACGUCAACUGGCCGCGUCUGAAUCCUCGUCCCUUUGCUGUGGACGGCUAUACCGAGCACUACGGCAAAGCACGCAAGGACGCUGUUAUCGGCACAUUUGUCGCCCGCCACGAGAGGGGUCUUAGCACGGCGAGAUAUCUUAAUGCGGAGGAGGGUAAGAAGAGGAUUGAAUAG